UACGGAAGCAGGAAGUUGUUUGUAUAAGGUCCUCACAGGAGAGCUGCGCUACACUUCAGGCUGUAAAUCUCAUGGCUUUGGUAACAUAUUUUGAAGUAUUAAGUACUUGAUGCACAUGGUUUGGUAUGCCGACGUUUCUUGAACUUUAUCAGGUUGAAAAUAUUACGUUCGUGGCUCGUGCCGAUGCAGAAUUUAACAUUGUUGUCAGCAAGCUGGACCGCUUGCUUUAAAUGAACUAUAGGUUUCCACUGAAUUUCGCUCCACACAAUAAGAAGCAGGAUGUCUCCGGUGCCCACAGUGAGACUGUCAGGAGGUCUGGAGAUCUGUCGGGUCCUGAACGGGAUGUGGCAGGUUUCUGGGGCUCACGGAGCCGUGGAUAAAACCAAAGCAGUUAAAGACAUGCAGGAUUAUGUGGAUGCUGGUCUGACCACAUUUGACAUGGCAGACAUUUAUGGACCAGCAGAAGAAAUAUUUGGACAGUUUAACAGCAAGCAUAAGGUCACAUCCUCUGGGGACGACAUUCCAUCUCUGCAGAGUCUGACCAAGUAUGUUCCAAGACCAGGACCAAUGGAGCGCAAGGUGGUGGAGAGGGCGAUACAGCGUUCCAUGACCCGCAUGCAGGUGGACAGUCUGGAUUGUGUUCAGUUUCAUUGGUGGGACUACAGAGACAAAAGAUACCUGGAUGCACUGGGUCACCUGUCUGACAUGCAGCAACAGGGACUUAUACGAGAGCUUUCCCUCACUAACUUUGACACCCAGAGGCUGGAGGAGAUAACCAACAGAGGCAUCCGUAUCUCGAGCAACCAGGUUCAGUACUCUCUGAUCGAUCAGCGGCCUGCAGCCAAAAUGGAGCAGUUCUGUCUUGCCAACAACAUUCAGCUCCUGACUUACGGCACCCUGGCUGGUGGUCUACUUUCAGAACGUUAUUUGGGGAAGGCAGAGCUGAAGUCCAAGGAGGAGCUCUACACCGCUUCACUCUCCAAGUACAUGAACAUGAUCAACAGCUGGGGUGGCUGGAGCCUUUUCCAGGACCUCCUUGUCACCUUGGAUAUGAUUUCCAAGAGGCACGACUGCUCAAUGGCCAGCCUGGCAACACGUUAUGUGUUAGAUCUCCCUGCUGUGGGCGGGGUCAUUGUUGGCUGUCGGCUAGGCGUGGAUGGGGCAGGGAAGCACAUCAGUGACAGUCUGCGGAGCUGCAGUCCUGACCUGAAGCUGACAGCUGAAGAUAUCACCGCCAUCAAAGCAGUGACUCAACGCUCAAGGGAUCUGUCGGCGCUGAUCGGGGACUGUGGGGAUGAGUACAGAAGCUAAACAUACAGGGUUAUAAACAGUCAAAGGAGGAGUGAUCUAAGAGAAAUAAGAAACAACUCCUAUUGAAAAGGCCCACAGUGGAAUUAAUAAAAUGCUGAUGAGAAGCACUUACCUUUUCAUGAUUUUAACCCAUGUUUAUUUUUACACACAAAAACUGUAGCGUCAGUGCUACUACACAGGGACUUGGAGUUUCAUGUUUUAACUUGCCGUUAUACUUGUUAGAGCAUAUUAAGAUUAUGUUCUUUAAAAAAUAAUUUUACCUAUUGAUUUUAAUGUCAUUAAACAGGUUGAACACAACACAGCAUGCAAUAACUCCACUAGUGGUUUUUAAUGUUACAGAGAAUCUUCUGUACAGGCAAAGAUACAACUGUAAUGGAGUGUAGUAGCACUCAGUAAUAAGUUUUUUGUAGUUCAAGCUUCAAGUUAUAGUUUUUAACUGUUUAACAUGUCAACAAGCAGAAGUCAGCUGAGGCGUUUUAAUCAUUAACACCCAUAAAACAUGCACACCUUUGAGGGAAGCCCCCUUUUAGGUGUGCAAGUUUUAUGGGUUUGAUCUCACAGACUUUGGCCAGUGACCAUGACAGUUUAAUCUCCACUUAGAUCUUAACCAGUUUACACACUAUUUAUGUAGGUUUGGGCUGAGCUGCAUAGACAAAACUGUACAUUGAAACAUUAGUAUACACCAAAGUCUAAGUCUCUGAGCCUUUCUGUUUCCAACUUGAACACAGCAGUUAAAAAUGUUUUCAAGAUUAUUGAUCCUACUUGAUAAACAAGUGUCAAAAUUGAGUGUAAUAAUUCGUGAGGAGCAGCGUAGACAUUUCACACAAUCUACCUGUUGGGAGGAAAUUAAAUUAAGUUGUACAGACAGGGAUUCAAGUUAUGAUGAUGUUAUUGUUAUAUUUUUGAGUUUGGUAGUCUCCAAAGCAGGAGAAGACCUGCUGAAAUGAGGCAAUAUGAUUUAUUGAUCAUAUAGUCUGAUUACUUAAAUCAUGAUUUCUUUACUUGUGCUUCUGUCCAAUAUACUAAAGUAUUUAUUUUAAAGUU